CCGUUAGUUUGGAACCAUCUCUCGACAAUGGCACAAGCAUCGGUGAAGGACUACGAGAAACGCGCCUUCGAAAUCAUCCCGCGCAAUGCGCUGGACUACUAUCGAAGCGGGGCGGGCGACGAGCUGUCUCUGCGCCUGAAUCGCAGUUGUUUCGAUCGACUGCGCAUUCGACCGCGCGUACUGAGAAGUGCGGAACAACGUGAUCUAUCGGUGAGUUUGUUUGGCGAUCGUUUCUCGAUGCCCAUCGGAAUCGCACCAACGGCGAUGCAGCGGAUGGCUCACCCGGACGGAGAGGUGGCUAAUGCCAAGGCAGCUGCAAGCCGGGGGGUUGCGUUCACGCUGAGUACGAUCGCUACCAGUUCGAUGGAGCAGGUAGCUACCGGGGCGCCCGGGUCUCCUAAGUGGUUCCAGCUUUACAUCUAUCGCGAUCGGAAACUGACCGAGAGCUUGGUUAGGCGGGCAGAAAAAGCCGGAUUCAAAGCCAUCGUUCUGACCGUAGAUGCUCCUGUGUUUGGAUUGAGGAGAGCCGAUAUGAGGAACAAGUUUUCGCUUCCACCGCAUCUGAUUCUAGCUAACUUUGAAGGUCAUCUGGCUACCGGAGUACAAAGUCACGGUGGUUCCGGAAUCAACGAAUACAUAAAGGAGCAGUUAGAUCCGACUCUUUCCUGGGACGAUGUGAAAUGGUUGGCCAAUUUCACUAAACUUCCGGUAAUAGUUAAAGGGAUUCUGACCAAAGAGGAUGCAAUCCUUGCGGCUGACAUUGGCGUCAAAGGAAUCUGGGUGUCAAACCACGGGGCCAGACAGCUGGAUUCAGUUCCGGCCUCGAUUGAAGCUCUUCCGGAGAUAGUGAAAGCGGUCGGUGACCGAACGACCGUCGUUAUCGACGGAGGGAUAACGCAAGGAACGGAUGUAUUCAAAGCCAUUGCCCUUGGUGCAAAAAUGGUGUUGUUUGGAAGGCCGGCAUUGUGGGGUUUGGCUGUUAAUGGGCAGCAAGGUGUGGAACAUAUUUUGGAUUUGCUAAGAAAAGAGUUGGAUAUUACAAUGUUGUUGGCAGGCUGUCAAUCUAUUAAAGACAUUACGAUCGAUCAUGUUGUUCAUGAAUCACUUUACGCUAAGCUGUAAAUGUUUCUAAAACAUAGAUUAAUGAGCUGAAAUGUAACUAGUAUUAAUGUGACAAAUGUUAUCAAAUUAAAUCGGCAUGAUAUGCUUCAAAUAUAUACUUCACCCAGAAAACAA